CUGACACCAGGGGCGGGACGAAUGAGGGGCCUCAACCAAUGAGCGCCAGGGAAGGAGGAGGGCUCGCACGCGCUGGAAGAGUGACGGACAGGCACCGCAGCCAGUAGAAGUGGAAGAAACGAGUGAAUGGCGGGAGACGCUUCCUAUGGCUAUCCGAGCUCUCGAUCCCGGCGGCUGAAGCGGGCCAUUCAGGGGCGGGGGGCCGGGCCUUGCGAACGCUUGUUGUUGUCCGGCUCGGGGAGGCAGAGGUCGCUCGCUCGCUCCUUUGCUCGUUCGGGCCUUGGGUGGCGGUCGGCGGGCAGGUCGGUCGCGGUAGUCGGUCGCCGUGCAGGGGCGAGGCUAUGUCGCGGUGGCAGCCCGGCAGGGCCUGCAGGGCCGGGAGUAACGGGACGUCGCCGCGGAGCCUCUUCCCCCGGAUACAGUGCGGCCCGAAAGGAGGCCGCGGCGCCUCCCUCCGGUCCUGAGGAGCUCGCGCUGCCCGGAGCCCUCACCGCCUUCUUACCCGCGCCGACGUCAACCGGCCCGACCCGGCCCGGCCUGGCCACACCGAGCGCCGCGCAAGCAGGCUCUUCUCUCCAGAUGGACGGUGUCCAGGGAGAUAAACCAGCGAGCCCUAGCAUGAGCAGGAUCCCUGGCAGCACUAGCCCCUCCGAGCACAGGACCCCUUCCUCAAGGACAUGAAGCUGUUGGAGAACUCGAGCUUCGAGGCCAUCAACUCACAGCUGACAGUGGAGACUGGAGAUGCCCACAUCAUCGGCAGGAUUGAGAGCUACUCGUGUAAGAUGGCAGGAGAUGACAAGCAUAUGUUCAAGCAGUUCUGCCAGGAGGGCCAGCCCCACGUGCUAGAGGCACUGUCUCCACCCCAGACCUCAGGCCUCAGCCCCAGCAGACUGAGCAAGAGCCAAGGUGGUGAGGAUGAGGGUCCGCUGAGCGACAAGUGCAGCCGCAAGACCCUCUUCUAUCUGAUUGCCACGCUCAAUGAGUCCUUCCGGCCUGACUAUGACUUCAGCACAGCCCGAAGCCAUGAGUUCAGCAGGGAACCCAGCCUCAGCUGGGUGGUGAACGCAGUCAACUGCAGUCUGUUCUCGGCAGUACGGGAAGACUUCAAGGCCCUGAAGCCACAGCUCUGGAAUGCAGUAGAUGAGGAGAUCUGCCUGGCCGAAUGUGACAUCUACAGUUACAACCCAGACUUGGACUCAGAUCCCUUUGGGGAGGAUGGCAGCCUCUGGUCCUUCAACUACUUCUUCUACAACAAGCGGCUCAAGCGGAUUGUCUUCUUCAGCUGCCGCUCUAUCAGCGGAUCCACCUAUACCCCGUCGGAGGCAGGCAACGAGCUAGACAUGGAGCUGGGGGGGGAGGAGGAGGAGGAGGAGGAGGAGGAGGAGCGGCGCGGAGGUGGAGGCAGCGAGGGCGGACCUGAGGAGACGAGCGCCAUGGAGGACAGGGUCCCGGUGAUCUGUAUGUGAGGGUGAGGAGCAGAGGCCCCAGCUUCAUUCCGCUUCAACCAGUGCCUGGAACUGCCCACUCGAGGGGCCCCAGGGCCUCCCCAGCUGGUGGUCAGCCCCUGGCCCUGCCACGGCUCCAGCGCCGCCCAAGGCCACGCCCGCCUAGCCCUUUGGCUCCGGCCUACAGAUGUCUACUCACCCCCACAGGCCCCGGCUGCCCGUGUUGUGGUUGGCCUGGACAGCACAGGGCCUGGUGGGAAGCCACUGCCUGUCCCAGUGAACUGACAAAGACAGGGACAGCUGGACUACAGAGUUUAUUUUUGUAUUUUGUGCCGGAUCAGGAGCGGGCCUGCACACUCCAGCCCAAAGGGUCUGAGAUCCAGUCAGCAGGCCCCUGCGGUCACCACCCUGGGCUUGGCCAGCCCCUGGCACCCACCUGUACCCCCCUCUGCCCCCCCCCACCCCGCCACCUCGCCCAUUGGGCAGCGUGCACUGAGUGUCACUUUGCUGCAGCUGUUUGUUUCCAAUAAAAAUUUCUGUGACUUA